CAUUCACCCAUUCAUGGAAAGAUAAUCUAACCAGCCACUCUACUCGGCUGGGAAAGCUGUCACAGCCUCGCCAGCCUCGAACCCAUAGGCUCCAAGUCUUGAGGCUUGGAGGCCGGGGUCAACUCAACAACAACCCCUUGUUUUCCUUCCCUUUCAGCCUUGAAGUAGAUCUCUUGACAGUCCUCUUCUCCGACUCCAUUCGCAAACUGCACCACCAGAAAAUCAAGGGCUGUGCCAGGCUUCCCAACAGCCACCAUGGGCGCGUGCCAAGUCCCCGCACCGUAUGUCACAGCUUGCUUGCCUGUGGCAACGAAGGCACGCAGUCCGCUGAGAUCAGGAAGUCCCCUGCCAGGGAGGGGGCGGGGAUAAGAGGCUCCUGCUUGGUCUGUGGUCGUGAGAUUCGCUGGAACUGGCAAAUCUGCGUCUGCAUCAGCGGGUGGGAGGGUAGGCGCCACGAUAACAAGAUAGUGCUGAUUUUCAGGUGCCGAGAGAGGGAUAAAAGUCUGGGUUGUGAAAGGAUGGCGCUCCAAUACACGCACAGGGAAUGCGGUAGCUGGUGGUGGUGGUUGUGACGGUGACGCGGACGAGGUUGGGAUACUGAUCCGUGAAGCACAGAUGAAGAUGUUCAUUACCGAGACCCCUGGGACGGCACUGGGAGCCUGGGGGUAGAGGUUGAUUUGGCGAGAGACAUGUUGAUAUUUAAUGGCUGAGCAUUGGUUGGCGGAGAUUCCAUCAAAGGGGAGUGAGGGUACUGAUGUGGCAGAGAAUGGGUGCAAGUCUGGUCGAGGGUUGUUGAUCACGUCCCCGAACGGAGCGAAAGCUUCCCGGGUGAGGGGUACCGCUUCGAACACCAGUUUUGGAACAGUAAGCGUGAUGUUCUUGGUUGGAGAAGGCAUACUGAAAGAUCGAGGCGCCAGUUACCCAAUUUCGGUGAUGAAUCGGACGCGGCAACGGUGAUGUUGACGACGGUCCCGGUGUUACGGUCGGUUUAUUGAGUGGCUCCUUGGAAGUAACAGAAGAUGGUGGGGUCUGCGGCCCCCUCCGAGAGGCAUAUGGCGACAGAUCGGAGCAUUUUCUUCGUGCACCAAUACCAUCACACUAGCCUAAUCAUCUCAAACAAGAAAACCACUUUCCAAGCAGCUCGACUCAUGCCGUUGUUUGUUCAGAGUAGCCAGCUCCCAAGGACCCCAUACAUCCAUGGCAAUCAUUGA